AUGGAGGCCAUUGAGGUCGCCCAACAUUUUACACUGCACCAGAGCAAAACUGAGGACAUCACAUUGACAGAAUUUUAUGGGCAGACUGUUCUCAAUGGUGUCAAUUUUGAUGACGAAAUUGAAAUUCCAAGGCACGGUAGCUUUUUCAGUGACAGUUUAAUAAAUAGUUCCAAUAGUCUCCUGGCUGAUCACAGUUGUUUGAAUUUAACUGGAGACAAAAUGGCACUAGGGUAUGAUGGAUUUGGAGAUGAAGGAGCUGGAAGAGAUAUGAUUGAUGAUGUUCUUGGAACUGACCAGAAUGGCCUCCUUGCAAUAUUUGACAUAGAAGAGGAACUUCCUUUACCCAACAAAGAUCCAAUUGAUAACAGAAAAACAGGACCUACUUUUGAUCUGGACCAGGCUGCAUCUAAACAUAAAACACGAAAUCACCAACUUAAUGAAACAACGUUGUUGUGCAAUGAGGAGGACGGCUUUGUUCUUUGUCCUAUUGUUGAUUCAGCUCUCCUAAAGAAACAAAGAAGUAAAAGGAAAAGGAAGUUACUUGUUGACGCAGUGAAGCAGCUCAGCAAAGCUACCAUGCAAAAGCAGCUUACAAGUUACAAGGAUACGCUAACCGCUUUGCAUAUUGCACCUCCAACAAGGAAGCUGAUGAUUUUACAAGAGUUGGGUAGCGUAGACAAACUUCUGACCAGACCCACCCAACCUUUCUUUAGUGAAGAUCUGCAGAGGCUGUAUGCUAAGUGUCUGAAGAAUGGAAGAAAAAAAUGGCAGCAAGAGACUGAAGAAAGAAGCAAACAACAAAGUGCCCAAGAACUAUCAAUAGCAGAAAGUUUAAAUAUACCGCAGGACACAAAUUAUCCCCAAACAGAAUCUGUGUUACAAAGCGGCAGAAACAAAAGGGAUGAUAAUACAGUUUCUAAAACUAUGGAAUCGGUUAAUGAAGUAUUUGCUUGGUCCGAUGACCUCUUGCCAUCUUCGGUACGACAAGAAUCCGAGAACGAGCAAGCUGUCUUGGAAAAUGGAUAUCAGACAUGUAAUUUGGACUACGAAGAACAAAGAAGAAGUAAGAGAACACUAAAACUAUUAAAUACUUUCCGGCACUUUGAACAGCAAGGAGCAAAAUCGUUCAGCUUUCUCUCCCUCUGCGAGAACCAGAGCAAGAAAGACGUGGCGGAGAGCUUCUACAGCUUGCUGGUUCUACAGAAACAGCGAGCGAUCGAGGUGGCCCAAUCAGCUCCUUACGCUGACAUUAUAGUGACUGCAGGACCCAGGUUUCAUAUUCUCUGAAGACCAGAGAAGACCCCCCCUCGAAAGACUGGAAACUGAACGCUCCCUUUAAGCAAAAUUGAGCAUCCCUUCUCUGAGUCAAGUAGAGGCAACGACUA